AUGGAGUUAGCAAGCAUAAAUGCUUCUUCAUUUCAAUACAAUCAACAACAACAACAACAACAACAAACUUCCUUAGCUCGAUGGGAAAGCAUAGAUGUUGGUUGCAUCAGAAAUCAACAACAACGAAUAACUGAGCAACCUACCACAUCAUUAUCAAUCACAUCAUUAUCAUCAUCAAUGGCAAUAUCUAGUAGUACAACUGAUAAUAACAAUUGUGAACAUUUUGCAAAUAAUUACUGUGAUCGAUCGAAGAAUAUUAGACAAAUUCACGAACAAGAUCGAGAAAAAUUAGUUCGAUUUGUGUAUUUUGGACAAGUGGCAUUGGUCAUUAUUGUUGCCUUAGCAUGGAUAGCAUUUAUUAUUUUAUAA